CUCUGAAGCCCCGCCCCCUCGCUUCAUCCCGCCGCCGCAGAUCUCGCGGUAGCUCGUGAAUCGCACUGUCAUGGCUGCCGAAGGAGUCGCGGUGUUUUUAAGUUGAUGAAAUUUUCUCUUGAAUUGUGUGAAACAUGAGGAGGUUUGUUUUUUGUGUUUUUUUUAAAGACGGGGCAAGCGGCAACACGACACCAAAUACACGCCUAAUAAGGAAUACAGACAGAGAGAGAAAGAGACAGAAAGAUAUAUGAGCGACUUGACAGAAACAAAAAGGUAGGGUAAACAUUGAAGGAGAGGAUGCGAGGAGCGGUAUUAUUUACAUGUAAGAUAUUGAAUUUCAAACUAAACGUGUGAGACGCGUUCAAUAACACCAGCAGAGUGACUGGGAAGACUAGGACUGGCCUCGUAUAAAGCCUACAUGUUUUUGUAUUCAGUUAUAUAUAUAUAUAAGUACAUACUGUAUCUACACAAAUAUAAACACAAAUAGUACAAUACUGUACCAGUGUGCUGAGCAAGUUGACAGCUCACCUCACACACACACAGAGAGAGAGAGACAGAGAGAGAGGAGAGACACACAGAGAGAGAAAGAGACACACAGAGAGAGAAAGAGACAGAGAGAGAGAGGAGAGACAAAGAGAGAGAGACACAGAGAGAGAGAAAGAGAGAGAGAGACACAGAGAGAGAAAGAGAGAGAGGAGAGACACAGAGAGAAAGAGAGAGAGAGAGAGAGAGAGAGAGAGAGAGACAGAGAGAGAGAGAGGAGAGAGAGGAGAGACACAGAGAGAGAGAGGAGAGAAAGAGAGAGAGGAGAGACACAGAGAGAGAGGAGAGACAAAGAGAGAGAGACACAGAGAGAAAGAGAGACACACAGAGAGAAAGAGAGAGCGCUGACAACAGCAGCUGCUGCCAUGGCAACAGUAGCAGCGGUGUCAGAACCAAUCAGAGAGGCCGACCCGGAGACUGAGGAGUCCCGACCCGCCACCCCUCCUACGCAAGCAGAACCAGAACCAGGACCGGGGGAAGGGGGCGAGCCGGCCCUCAAGGUCCCGCGCGUCUCAGACGGGGGUCCGGAAGCGGCCCCACCUUCUGGGGAAAGCUCUGCCGGGCCAGCGGUUUCCAUCCCGGAACCGCAGGUGGGCUCGGAUGCCGGGCUCUCCGGAGUGACCCGGGCUUCAGAGGAAGGGAGUCUGGAUCAGGCUGCUGCAGAGCUGAGCGGGGGAGAGGAGAGAGGAGGAGGAGGAGGAGGAGGAGGAGGAGGAGGAGGAGGAGGAGGGGCGGCCGCCUGCGAGGAGGUGGGAGUCGACAUGCAGUGCGAGACACAGGGGAGCCAGGAUGACCUCGGUUUGGAUUUUACCCAUGAUCCCACGCUGUUGACGGGAGCCUGGGCCGAAUAUUCUGGAGUGACGGAAAACUUUCUCAAGGGCUGCAAAUGGGCCCCGGAUGGAUUGUGUCUUGUGACCAACAGCGCUGACAACGUUCUCCGAGUCUACAACCUGCCCCCAGAACUCCACAGCCCGGACUGUGAGGGGCUCCCCGAAAUGACCCCUGUGUUGCGGAUGGCGGAGGGAGAUACAGUGUAUGACUAUUGCUGGUAUCCACUCAUGUCUUCCAUGGAGCCGGAGACAUGCUUCAUCGCCAGCAGCAGCCGGGACAACCCCAUCCACAUCUGGGACGCCUUCUACGGUGACCUCCGAGCGACCUUCCGUCCCUACAACCACCUGGACGAGCUCUCUGCAGCUCACUCGCUGUGCUUCUCCCCCGACGGAGCCCAGCUGUUCUGCGGCUUCGACAGGAUGGUGCGCGUGUUCCAGACCUGCAGACCCGGCCGCGACUGUGAGAAGAGACCCACGAUGGUGCAGAAGCAGGGGCAGAGCGGGAUCAUCUCCUGCAUUGCGUUCAGCCCGGCUCAGGAUCUCUAUGCCUGCGGCUCCUAUUCCCGGACGGUGGGUCUGUACUCGCGGGCGGAGGGGCUCCCCAUCGCAGUGCUGCAGGGGCACCAGGGGGGGCUCACUCACCUGCGCUUCUCCCCCGACGGCACGCUGCUCUACAGCGGGGGCAGGAAGGACCCCGAGAUCCUGUGCUGGGACCUGCGUGAGCCGGGCAGGGUGCUGUUCUCCAUGCGGAGAGCCGUCUCCACCAACCAGAGGAUGUACUUCGACCUGGAGCCGUCGGGUCAGUAUCUGCUGAGUGGGGACACUGAAGGGGUUGUGUCAGUUUGGGACACCUCUCUACCGCCCUCCGAAGGGAAGGACCCGGUACUGCAGCCCGUACUACAGUUCCAAGCACAGAAAGACUGCGUCAACGGGAUCAGCCUGCACCCCCUGAUGCCCCUGCUGGCCUGCUCCUCCGGGCAGCGGCAGCUCCCUGAGCCCUGCGAGAGCGGGGACGAGUCGGACGAGGCCGGGGGCCUCAUGACGCUGCGCAACGUCCAGGGAGAGAACUCGCUGACCCUCCUCUGGGCUGGACCAACAGCACAGCAAACCGGGGGGGAGAUAACUGGCUGACACUCCGCUGGGCUGGACCAACAGCACAGCAAACCGGGGGGGAGAUAACUCACUGACACUCUGCUGGGCUGGACCAACAGCACAGCAAACCGGGGGGGAGAUAACUGGCUGACCCUCCUCUGGACGAUGCGAAACUUGUCCCCAGCUGUACGGUGACAGUUCUUCAGAGCACCCCACGCCGCUGCGUUUGCCAAAGUGACAUUUCUCUGUACAUGUGUUUCUAUGUGACUGACGGAAUAAAAGUGUAUUUUUUUUCUCAA